AUGGCGUCCUCUACUACUGUGCCUCUAGGAUUUCACUAUGAAACAAAGUAUGUUGUUCUCAGCUACUUGGGACUUCUCUCUCAGGAGAAACAACAAGGCCCCUCACCUCAAGGAGCUCAACUAGAUGUCCUGCCACAGUCCGUGGAUCCAGAAGUUCUACUAAAAGUUAAAUCUGAAAUUGAGGAAGAACUGAAAUCCUUGGACAAAGAAGUCUCUGAAGCUUUCACCAGCACAGGCUUUGACUGUCACACCUCACCAGUGUUCAGCCCUGCUAACCCUGAAAGUUCAAUAGAAGACUGCUUGGCCCACCUUGGAGAAAGGGUGUCACAGGAUCUGAAAGAGCCUUUGCAUAAAGCACUGCACACAAUCCUCAGCCAGCCAGUGACAUAUCAGACAUACCGUGAAUGUACAACGGAGACUGCAGUUCACGCCAUCGGAUGGAAUAAGAUUUUGGUGCCUCUAGUUUUGCUACAACAAAUGCUUCUGGAAUUGACACGACGAGGUCAAGAGCCUUUGAGUUCACUACUGCAGUUUGGCGUGACGUAUCUGGAGGACCAUGCAUCCGAGUUCAUCAUUCAGCAAGGUGGCUGGGGCACCGUCUUUAGUCUUGAGCCUGAGGAGGAGUUCCCUGGAAUCAUUGCAGAGGACAGCAAUGACAUUUAUAUACUGCCCAGUGAUAACUCUGGACAAGUUAGUCCCCCCGAGUCUCCAACAGUGACAACGUCUUGGCAGUCGGAGAGCCUACCUGUCUCACUGUCCGCUAGCCAGAGUUGGCACACCGAAAGCCUCCCAGUGUCUCUUGGGCCUGAGUCCUGGCAGCAGAUUGCAAUGGAUCCUGAAGAAGUGAAAAGCUUAGACAGCAGCGGGGCUGGGGAGAAGAGUGAGAACAACUCUUCCAACUCCGACAUUGUGCAUGUGGAGAAGGAGGAGGUGCCAGAGGAGGCGUUCCCCGGGGCUGCUGCGCCCUUGCUCCCACAAAUCACUACCAAGGAAGCCUCAGAAAUGAAGAGAAUUGAGAAAGCCAGCCCCACUUCAUCUGUGUUUGUGGAGUUUGGUGAGGAAGAGCUGGAAGCGGCAACAGUGCGGCCUGCUGCUGUGGAGGGGGUGGAGUGGGCUGUCCAGCUGAGUGAGGAGGGGACAGGCAGCAGGAGAAAGAGUCACACUGGGGAGGCCACCGUCGUCACGGGAGCAAAGGGUGCCCUGCCCGCUGAGGGCAAGGCUGUGCUGCUCUUUGGAGGGGCUGCUGCGGUGGCCAUCCUGGCGGUGGCGGUUGGAGUCGCACUGGCUCUAAGAAGGAAGUAACGGCUUUUUUAGAUGAGAGCGAAGACAAAAGGACUAUGG